GGGAAGCGGCGGAGCUGCGCGGGUCCGGGGCUCGCUGGGGCGCACAGCUGCGCGGGAGACGGAGCGCCGCUGAGAGGGGCUGCUGCGCCGCUUCUGCUGCUGCCGCCGCUUGUGGAUCUAACUGGUGGCGGCGGCGGCGGCGCUUCUGCUUCAUGCCCGGCGAGGGUCGCCGGGGGGAUCUACGUCGGAGGCUGCCGCCGCUCUGCCUGCCGGCCGCAGAGGCUCAUGCGGGGGGCCCCGUCGGGAGCAGGGAGGGCGGGGGAGAGGCCGCUGCGCCCUGAGCCUUCCUCGGGACUGGCUGCUGCGGGGAGGCCGCGGGACGCCAGCGGGGCUCUCUCGCCCGCCGCCGACGCUCGGCCAGCCUUAGGAGUCCCCGGAGGGGCCGCCCCCAGCCGGUCGGGCUGGCCCCAGCGCUGGGCUCCCCGAUGAACUGCCUGAAAGAGCCGCUGAGCCUGGAGCGCUUAGGAGCCGGGAACCCGCUGUGCUCCACCUCCCCUUCCUCCUCCUCCUCCUCCUCCUCCUCGUCGUCGUCGUCCUCCUCUUGCCACUACCACCAGCCGCCGCCGGCCCUGGUCAUGGCUUCGGCCCUGACCCCCGGACAGCCGCGGUCGGCCUUGGAGUCUGCCAAACACCGGCUGGAGGUGCACACCAUCUCCGACACCUCCAGCCCCGAGGCCGCAGAGAAAGACAAAAGCCAGCCGAGCAAGAACGACGACGCGGGGCCCGAGGAUCCGUCCAAGAAGAAGCGGCAGCGGCGGCAGCGGACUCAUUUCACCAGCCAGCAGCUGCAGGAGCUGGAGGCCACUUUCCAAAGGAACCGCUACCCGGACAUGUCUACUCGCGAGGAGAUCGCCGUGUGGACCAACCUCACUGAGGCCCGAGUCCGGGUUUGGUUCAAGAACCGGCGGGCCAAGUGGCGGAAGCGGGAGCGGAACCAGCAGGCGGAGCUGUGCAAGAACGGCUUCGGCCCGCAGUUCAACGGCCUGAUGCAGCCCUACGACGACAUGUACCCGGGCUACUCGUACAACAACUGGGCGGCCAAAGGCCUCACCUCGGCGUCGCUGUCCACCAAGAGCUUCCCCUUCCUCAACCCGCUCUCCUCGCAGAGCAUGUUCUCGCCGCCCAACUCCAUCUCCUCCAUGAGCAUGUCUUCCAGCAUGGUGCCCUCGGCCGUCACCGGCGUGCCGGGCUCCAGCCUCAACGGCCUCAACAACUUGAACAACCUGAGCAACCCCUCCCUCAACUCGGCCGUGCCCACGCCCGCCUGCCCCUACGCCCCGCCGACCCCUCCCUACGUUUACCGGGACACGUGUAACUCUAGCCUGGCCAGCCUGAGACUCAAAGCCAAGCAGCACUCCAGCUUCGGCUACGCCAGCGUGCAGAACCCGGCCUCCAACCUGAGCGCCUGCCAGUACGCCAUGGACCGGCCGGUGUGAGGGGCCGCCGUCCCCCACC